CGUGAGUGCUACUGCUGCGGCGCUUGCUCGACGGUUGUCAAGUCUCUCCUUUCGUUUAUCUUACUCCCCUGACUUCGUUCAUUCGCGUUACUUCGCUACGUUCUCUGCAACUUCUUCAGUGGGCUGCUCCGGCAUGCCCGACGUGCCUUGAUUGAUCCGAACUAUUCACAUCUAUACUCGCCCCAGCGCGGCUGAUUUUUCCCUUCGGAUAUUUUCUUUCAAGAAGGCUCCCUCGUUAAGCCUACAAAAUGCCCAAAUCAACGAGCUCCAAGACUGCCAAAAGCGCAAAUGCAAAUGGUACGGCAACCACAAAGAACUCGGAGGUAGAGUCCGGACUCCUCCAAACACUACAGGGACACGUGGACGACCUUCGACCGUUUAUACAAUGCGGAAUCUGCAUUAGACCGUUAUACGAACCCUUCACUCUCGCCUGCGGACAUACUUUCUGUUACACCUGUUUGACAUCGUGGUUUUCCGCAGGAAGGUCGAAUAAAACAUGCCCAGACUGUCGAACCCCAGUGGUAGCACAGCCGGCGCCGGCUUAUUUGGUUCGUGCGAUAGUACAGUCAUGGAUGAGCCGCGCCGAACUUCUUGAAAAAGGAGAGACCACUGCAGAUCACAUCAAGAACCAACGCGAAGAAUCCGACAAGGUUGACCAGGACAAGAAGAACGAGCAUCCACGGGAGGGAGGGUUAUUUCGAGGCGCAUUCAGACACCCACCAAUUACGCAGCCUAUUGUCGACCUUGAAGACAACGUCAUCCGCUGUCCACAAUGCGGCUGGGAACUUGAAGAUGACGUUGAAUGUGAACAUUGCGGAUAUAUUGGGGACUUAGAUUCUGACGCGGGUGAUUCACAAUGGAGUGGAACAGAGGAAAACUCGGAAAUGGCCGAUUUUCUUGACGAGGAAGCCCAGGAUGAUUUUGACGGCGCCGAUGCUUUCCAUGGCGAUCAUGGAAUAUUUGCCUCUUUCUUCCCCCCUGGAUCUUUCAGUCGUCCUUCUGAAUCCCUCGGCUGGCGCGAUACACGAGUCAUUGGCGACAGUGAAGACGAAGACCCAGAAUUACGCAAUGAGUACGAUGACACGGACAUGGAAUCUUUUAUCGACGACGAUGAGCAUGUCGAGUACGAGACUGGAUCGGACCCGACUACAGUGGUUGGCGGUCAUGGAUUCAGCACGCAGGACUACAGUAUCCAGGAUCACAGCACACAAGAUCACGAUUCGCAUACGGGUUCCGAAAUUCCGAUGACUCAAGAAGAUGGAUAUGCCAGCUUCUCCUCCAUGGACGAGGGUUCAGGAGACGAUGAAAGCGAUGAUGGCAACGAAGAAGAAGAAGAUGAUGAUGACGAUGACGAAGAUCCCAUCCGGCCACCUAUGACUGGACUACGAAGACCAGUUCCAGGGCCAAACGGCAGUUUGAGGAGAGGUACCGACGUGAGAGGGCGUCUUGGGAGUAACCAGCGCAGCACGCAUUCCAACACGGCAGGAUCAUCCACUCAUAAUACGAUUGAUAUCUCGGACGACAGUAAAGGUUCUGACAGUUCCAAUGAUCCCGACGAUUCUGACGAUUCUGACGACUCUGACGAAGGGCCAGUGGCACCGUCCAGAAGGACAAGGGGUCGAAUCAACGGAGCCUAUUGAUCUCUCGAGUCCAUUAACUUUAGCGGAUCGAUUUCACACUUCAAAUGUUGGACUGCUCCAUCAACGAAGGCUAUAGAGUUUUACGAUGAUUGGUUUGGUCAUGAUUACGGGCAGCGGGCCUCUGCGAUUCGUUCUUUUAUCCAUUCUCUUCCGGGAUUCAUCAAUACGGCGCUCGGGUAUGGCUUACAGAAAACAGCAAUUCGGCAGACAUUAUGAUUUAAGAAAACUUCACAAAUACCCCUCUUUGCAUUGUUUUGGAAUUGGAGUCUCAGCGAGGGAUUAUGGUUUGCUUUCACGGAAUGUACUUUAUGGCGUUAGUCCGAGACUAUAUCGGUAGGCGAAAAGCCUUGGCUUCAAUAUAUUAUUUAUAGACAGUGCAUCAUUGGACAUGCUUGGUAGCGUUU